ACCCCAGCAGCUGGCGCGCUUCUCCCUCACCCAGCGGAGGGGAAGGACGUGGCGGUGCCGCCUCAGCCGGGCACGGCGGGGCUGAGCCUUGGGAGGGGCAGAGCCGGAGCCCUCCACCUGCGGGCGGCAGGGACAAGUUACGUUUUGGCCGGAGGGUGGCGGGCUCCGGUGGGGCGGAGAGAGCCCGAUCCCGCCUUGAGGCCCGGGCGCGCUCCGGCACCUGUGCCCAGCAGCCUUCCCCGCCAGCGCCGCGACCCCCGCCCUGAGCCGCUUCCUCCCCCCGCCCGCCGCCGCCAUGUCGGGGCCGCCCGGCCGUGCGGCCCUGCUGCUGCCGCCGCUGCUGCUGUUGCUGGGGUUGUCCGGGCUCCUGCCAGCGCGACCGCCAACCGGCGGCGGGCAGCCCCGCUACGAGCCAACCUGGGGCUCGCUGGACGCCCGGCCGCUGCCCACCUGGUUUGACGAGGCGAAGUUUGGAGUGUUCAUCCACUGGGGCGUGUUCUCGGUGCCCAGCUUCGGCAGCGAGUGGUUCUGGUGGUACUGGCAGAAGGAAAAGAGAGCACCCUAUGUGAAAUUUAUGGAAGCAAAUUACCCACCUGGGUUUAGUUAUGAAGAUUUUGGGCCACUGUUUACAGCAGAGUUCUUUGAUCCCAACCAGUGGGCAGACAUUUUGAAGGCUUCAGGUGCAAAAUAUGUUGUCUUAACUUCAAAACAUCAUGAAGGCUUUACUUUGUGGGGGUCGAAAUAUUCUUGGAACUGGAAUGCUGUUGAUGAGGGACCAAAACGAGAUCUUGUGGCUGAGCUUGCAACAUCUGUUAGAAACAGGACUGACUUGCACUUUGGGUUAUAUCACUCCCUGUUUGAAUGGUUCAAUCCUCUCUUUCUUGAGGAUGCCACCAACUUCUUUAAGACAAGAAAGUUUCCCACCAGUAAAUCAUUACCAGAACUCUAUGAAAUUGUGACCAAGUACCAACCAGAAAUAAUUUGGUCUGAUGGGGACGGAAAUGCACCAGAUACUUACUGGAACAGCACUGGUUUCUUGGCUUGGCUGUAUAAUGACAGUCCAGUCCGGGACACAGUUGUGACCAAUGACCGCUGGGGAGCUGGCAGUAUCUGUACGCAUGGUGGCUUCUACACCUGCAGUGACCGGUACAACCCCGGCCACCUCCUGCCUCACAAGUGGGAGAACUGCAUGACUAUUGACAAAAGGUCAUGGGGGUACAGGAGGAAUGCACAGCUUGAGGAUUACCUCACAAUCGAGGACUUGGUGAAGCAACUCGUAGAAACAGUGUCUUGCGGAGGAAAUCUCUUGAUGAAUAUUGGGCCCACUCACGAUGGUCGCAUCGCUGUUGUAUUUGAGGAACGCCUGAGGCAGAUGGGUACCUGGCUGAAAGUCAACGGAGGAGCCAUCUAUGGAACGAAACCGUGGAGAGCACAGAACGACACGCUCACACCAGGAGUGUGGUACACUUUCAGCCCUAAAGAAGGCCACGUCAAUGCUAUCUUCCUUAACUGGCCAGUCUCUGGGACUCUGGAACUUGGUGAGCCACAGGCUAAGCUUGGAGAAACGCAGGCAAAGCUGGUUGGCUACAAGGAACUGCUGAAAUGGGUUGCACUGGGAGAAAAGGGAAUCGUAAUAACUCUACCUCAAUUAACCCCUCAGCAAUUGCCAUGUCAGUGGGGCUGGACUUUACAACUGAGUGAUGUAAACUGAGCCACACGCUGCUGGAGAGGUGCGUAGUGGGGAAUGCUGGGUUUUUUUUGCCCAGUUUCUCCUCAGUGAUUUCUAACUCUUCCUUGCUUGACUGAGAAACAUCACAAUUUCAUUUUUUAUGAAAGGUGGGCAGUUACUAAGGGAUAGAAUGAACAUCAUCUGAAAUCUAGCACUAGAUAGGUACAUCUCUGCAUACAGUUUGUUUCUUUGAACUUGUGUGAAAAUUGAGCAUCUACCUUGACCUCUCCACUUCUUUUAGUCAGUUUCUUGCCAAGUUAUGUUAAGAACUGGGUGGGGAAAAAACAGGCACUAGAUUUUUAAAGCCAUAAGAAAGAACAAAGCCAGCUCAAGGCAGCAUUCAACAGAUCUGACAGCAAAUGCAUAGAAGUCAGUUGUAUACUUUCUUUAAUACAAGAACUCUAACUGCCUCAACUCUCAGUUUUAGCAAAAAGAAUAAACUUUUUUUCCAGUUGCAUGUAACAACUGACAGCUGGUAGUUUCAGCUGAGUGAUGUGUCUGCAAGAACAGUCCUCUUGGGGCUGGCAAUUCAUCACAAGUGUAUGGAGGCAAUGCAUGUGUACAUCUUCAUUUCUCAUAAUGAAAAUAGUUGUUUUUACCUGUUACUGCUGUUGAAUAAUUGUAUCCAUUAUUGGGAUACCAGGGAAGUGGGACGGGUUUUUUCAAUGUUUUGUAUAAUUUUACAUGGUUGAAGCUGACUCUUGUUUACAGCAACUAUUUUUACACAGUUACCAAGGUGCCUUCUGUGGACUAUUAAACAAAACAUCUACUUCAAUGACUAACUGCUUUUAAAAAGAGACAUAAUCAGGAGUUGCUAGGGUUCCUCAGCUUUGGCAGAAAGACAACAUUUUAAGCAGGGGAUAGAUUGUGUCUAACUUGAAAAAUUCCUAAGCUCAUCACGUGUCAGGAGGCAGCAUGAAGUUUAGAAAGAGGGGGAGGUAUAGAACAACAAAAAAGCAUUAAUUGUUUCUGUGUAGGUAUCAAAGGUUUAUUUUUCCUAAGCAUUGUUAAUAAGUGCAAAACUAUUACUAUAUAUGUUAAAUGUAAUCUUUCAACUCUGUCAAGAUCUUAAGUGAUAGGCCAAAUGAAGUUACAGCCUUUCCUGCUAGUAAUGUGAACACAGGCACAAAUUAUACAUUAAAAUAUUUUAUUACAAUACAGACAAUUGGGCUCAAAAUUAAUACAAAUUAAGAUAAAAUAUUUACAAGUUAAAUGUAUACAUUGUAGCUGUUUGAACAGCAUAAACAAGAAAACUUCUAGAAAUCCACAUUCCUGUAGUAUUAAGUAACAGAGAGAGCACCCCCCAGCAUCAGUUGGCAAAGACUUUCUGAAGAAUGAGACUCUGGAAUAACAUUUGUAAAGUUCAGGAAAAAAGGUUUUCUUUUAGUAAAGAAAAAUUUGCAAGAAGAAGAAAGAAGCCUUACUUCAUUCUGCUAUUAUCUGCUAUUCUUAACUCACUAUUAUUAGUUUUCCCAAAACUUACACACCCCAGGCAAACAACUGGGGUUUUUUUUAGUAACUUGUUCUACUAAUAGUGCCACCAGAUGCCUUUCAGAUGCAAUAAAAAUAAUCAAAUGCAUUAUGGAGAAGUUGAACCACUUUUUUAAUAGAAAAGUCUUUACAUACAAUCAUUCUUUCAACAAGAAUAUCUUUCAUGGGUGUUUGUAACAGAAUUCUGUUAGAACAAAUAUGGGCUCGCUCCCACUUUUUUCAGUAUGUUCUUUAUGCUGGUCUACCACUCCUACACCAUUAUAAAAUUAACCCAACUCUCAUCAGUAGUCACAUGGAUUUGCUACACAAUCUAUUCCUAUAAAUGUGCAGUUCAUUUUUCUAGUUGCUGAGGGGUACUAAAAGCUUCAUAAACAUUAGCAGCAAAAUCUUUCACUUGUUCCAUCAUCAACAGGUCCUAGAAGAAAUUUAAAGAAUACAUUUGCUUAAUCAAACACAUCCACUACUCUUCCGAUUUUACUGCAGCACAGAAAUAUACGAGGAAAGCACCUGGCGCUCCCAGCGAGAUGUAACUCAAACGUCUUGCUUUAGAAAGGUUUAUGUGCAGAACUGCAAGUAGAACCAAGUUGAGAGACCUUUUUGUGCUUAUGCACAGUUUAGCAAAAGGUUCUAGAAAAAUACCAUAUUUUGGUAAGACACAUACAAACAGUUCCAGUUAUGCUAAUUGUUCCUAUUUUUGUAAAGCCAUUGAAAUUAAACAGAAUGAAGUACAUUUUUAAAAAGAAACAUGCAACACUCAUUUCAAAAUUUUACUUGGGAUAUCUUAAAUAAGCAACAUUCUUACCUGAACAAAGUGACUGGGUGUUUCACUGCAUACUGAAUGGAUCUGUCCAUUUAUUAUUGGAAUUAUCUUGGCUAAAGGAAGACUGACACUGGAAAGACUAGAAAAGAACAAAAAAUAUUGCCCUAGACCCACUCUGACAUUAGUAAAGCCACUAAACUCUGAUUAUUACAAUUCUAAAUAAUCACUACUUCAAAAGUGAGAGUUGGAAGACUGAAAACCAAAAUGUACAGAUGAAGUAUUCUUCCUGUGAAAUCUUGCCUUUAAUAAUCAGUUGCUGUUCCUAUGAGUUUCACGCUUGCUUCUAAGUGAUGGAAGUAGUAUAUAUUUAAAUAAAGCCAUUACUCUUUGAGAGCCAUCAGUUAUUAAAACAAACAUAUGUAAACCCAGUUAUUAUUCAGGGUUUUAAUUUUAACUUCAGAAUAAAAUCUGGUUUUUAACAGUCUUCUAGGAAGAGGCAGAAGAUCCUGAACAUUAAUCUCUCUUCUUGCAGCAUACCAGCUAAGAACCUAAAGCUACAUGGGUGCUUUGGCUAUGUGUAUUUGCCUGCCUUCCUCGAGAACUAACUUACAGUCAGUCCAGGGGCAUACAGAGUUGAUCUGCUAUAGUAUACUUAUGUUCUUCCAAGGGACUGCUAUGUUUCUCAUGGCCUCAGGGGAGGAACGGUGGCAUCUUUUGCAGUAGGCAGCCCCAGUGGGGUAAAUCCUCCUUAGCUAGAAAGGCAGUCUGCUUGUACAGUGGUCAGACAAAAAGUGGGGAGCAUAGGUUCUCUCAUUUCUGCUUUUAGAUCUCACAUGAAUUCUAGAAACUUUAUGGGUAAGGUGAGAAGACUAUUUUUGAAAAGCAAGAAACAGAAUCCUUUCCAGCAUGAGAACUUCAAGUAGGCAGGAAAAUCCACAGCCUUUUUUGGAAUUCACUAUGAACCUAAAGCAUUAUUCACAGGAGAAUCACAGCAAAAGAAAACAUUUACCUAUAUACAGAUCCAUUCUGAGAGAGGUCCUGUUCCGUAGGUCUAAAAAACUCUGCCAUAUUGUCCAGCAGUCGACUGAAUCCUCUAUUUAAACAUGUGCUCAAAACUGUACUGAAGUCUGGACUGAAAUAAAAAGUUUGAUUCCUGGGAUUUAUUUUUCCAAACUAAAAAAACAUCACAAGCAUUCAGUGCUACAGAUGUUCCUCCCCUAAGGGAAAAUGUAUGACCCAGAGAAAUGGUCAACUGUAUAAACAGCUCAAGAAAGACCAGCUCCCCAAUAACUCCACAGCAAACCAAACAACCUACACUCUACCCUAAGGUUACUACAAACUGGAUAAAUCUAAAGUAUUCCUCAUGUCUCUGUUUCUUGCCAAGUAACAACACAGAGGGCUUUAUCCUUCAAAAUGCCCCAGAUCUCCAGCAGCUAAACAGUAAGAACAGUUUGGCAUCUGGCUAAGUUUACUCAUAUUCCACAUUUAUUAUAGAAGCCUGACUUCAGUAGCUCUCUGGUAAAAGGAUGCACACGACCAAUCUCAAAACCAUGUAUUAAAAAUAAAUUCCAAUAGGUCAAAACUGGUGUUCAUCAAAGUGAGUAAAUCCAAUAAAAUUUACCCUGGUUUAGCAGUAGAAAAGUACUGCUCUUUUCCUGCAUAACUACAGAAAAAGUGAGGAAGAGAUAAAGGGGUCUGACUGGGAAGGACAUCCUGGUUAUCUUAUUAAGGCGGGAUUUUUUCUUAUAAAUGGGUCUCGGAGUUCUCAGAUUUCAAAAAUCCCAGCCUACAAUUAGUGCAUAUAAGAAUUUAAUGCAGUGGAGUAGUCAGAUUUUGCAAAUGAGAGGUGACAGCUUUUUAUAGGAAAGUAAUUGUCUCACACAAACAGUAAUUGUGAGGAGGAGUUUAAUAUGAAUACAGGAUAUUUCUCCAUACCUUUCUAGCAUAUCUCUGGUUUCAUUAAGUAAUUUAAUUGUAGUAAUGUCUCUUUCUGUCAGUCCACAGGCCUAGAAAAAACAAAGACAGUCACUAUUUAGUAAGAAAUCCAUAGGCAAUGGUAAGAAUAAGAGUAGAAAUAGACAAGUUUUGUACCAUGAAACUAAGUCAAGAUGUGUAAAUCAAAUCUAUUUAAAUGAAAAGAUUUACUGUCAUAAAUCAGUUUCUUUAUAAUUUGUGUUCUAAAUUUCCUUUUAGAUAAUCAUUAUAGGAUUUUUUUUUCACUAAAAACAAUAUUAGCAGGAAAUACCAGACAAAUUGAGCCAAGUAUUUUUCUACUUCUGACCUCCAAAACUGAAAUAAACCCUGCAUAUCAGCUUAAGUUAAAGGGAUAAGUGUAUGUAGUUGCACACUGAAGCCUGAGUUUCUUCUUUAUACUAGUGUAAUACCAAGUUAAGAAUGAGUUUUCUUUCAACCUAAAUUUUCUAAUGUUACAACUGAGAUGAGAUACACGUUUCUUUUGAUGCCUGUUCAUUUUCCAGCCCAAAGCAAUAAAGGACUCCAGCACACCAUCACCUUCUUGUACUGCAGCCAAGAUGCUACAACUGUCCAUGAUCUUUGCUCACAGGCAAGUGCCAGGUAACACAGCUUAGGGCUGAGUUGCACUGUACCGUGUUACAGCAUAUGUCACAGGCCUAAAGCAGUAAUUGGGCUAUUUUUGAGCUUAGAGCUGGCAAUCUGAAGAUGACACUUGUUUUCAAUCAAAUCUCAAGAAAGUAAAACUUUACUUUGCCUUGAUUAAAGAGAGAAGGACACUUGAUUUAUGACAGGAGAGGCAUCACCAUUUAUUAAGGAUGCUGUGGUACAUGAUACAACUAGAAGACUGUUAUGCACCCUUUGCGCUCUAAAACAAAAAACGCAGAAUGAAAAAAGGCAGAUUAAAGAAACUGAAACAAGUACCUGGGUAGCCAAGGGGUUUUCUUCAUCUGGCAUCAGAUAAUGACAUAAGGGAGAGUAAGAUGCAAUCUGGUCUGAAUCUUUAUGUUCCACUACUUUCCUAAUAUCUUUAAGUUUCUGUUCCAGCUCCAGAAGAGACAGGGUAUGCUUAAGGGAAAUACUGGAAAAGAAAAAAGACUACCAUGUGGAUUGCAAAAUGAACAAUGGCACUUUAUUCUCCUACUGAUAACAUGUUCAAAAGUAAUAGGAUCCCAGUCUGCUACAUUGGCUUGCACAGACAUAGCCUGCUAUAAUAAAAAUGCUGUUUUGGAAAAA